AUGCAACUUGCGGCUCUUGACGCCUUAGCUCGCCAGUCGUCUCUACCCGAGGAUAAACUUCUCUCAAUACAAGGCUUUUUAGAGAGCCAAGAGGAAUACGUUAGAGAUGCCGCAUUCACGGUUAUCGGCAGCCAGAAAAAGUUGUCAGAUUGCAUCCUUUCUGCCAUCGCCGCCGCUUUUAUUGACAACCGGGAUGGGCCUGGGUAUGGAGGCGCACUCGAGAUCUUGGGCAAUCAAUCCACCUUACCCCUGGAUAUCAUUCGGAGCCUGGUAAAUUCCGUUGAGUUCCAACACAUGGAUAUGAAAAGAAAUGUCUUUGGAGUACUGAGCAAGCAAAGUAAUUUGCCCGAGGAUAUAUUGAGAGUUUUUCUAGCCCAUUUAGCAUCCCCUCUCACCGGCACCCGGAAGCCAGCCAUCGUGGCUAUUAGAAAUCAACCCGAGCUUCCACCAAGUAUAUAUGAUGGUAUUCUAUCGUUGCUCGAGAGCUCUGAUCAGUGGUGUCGAUGGGCGGCCGCCAGUGCCCUUGGAGGCAAGGGUGUUCUACCGAAGCAAGCACGUCUCCGCCUACGAGAAAGACUUAAUGAUGGUAAAGCAAUUGUACGAAAAGCAGCUACUUUAUCAUUGGGAAGACAAUCCGAUCUUUCAAAUGAUGAUCUCUGGCGGAUUGUGAAAAAUCUUGAAGACGGGGAACACGACGUUCGCCAAGCCGCCGCCCUUGUGUUACGCAACCACCCAAACUUACCCAAUACCAUACUACAAUAUGUGAAGUCUCUCCUUGAGGAUGAGGAAUCCUAUGUCAGACAUGCGGCCGUUCAGGCCCUCGGUGGGCACCCAAACCUGUCACAAGACCUGUUGCUAUCCAUCGUGGAGCGAACCUCGGACGAAGAUAGGGGAGUGGUGGCCAGCGCCAUGGCUGCCCUGGGCGGACAAGCAACCCUGUCCGAAGAGACGCUCCGACUAUUGAUAAAAAACCUUCAGAAUUCAGGGAGAUGCAAAGACGUGAGACAGGGAGCCAUUUCGAUUUUGAACAACUCGCCUGCGAAUGCAUCCAUCAAACUCAGCGAACUGUCCACUUUCCCACUUUUGAUGAAGCAGGAUGCGUUUCGAGUGGGCGCCACCAGCUCAGACAACGUUGAUCUUCGAGAGACCUUCAUGUCUUUGCUGAUUCAGUGCUCGGAAAGUCACUUGGCAUGGUAUAUCCACGAGGGCAAGUCGUGUAUUGAGACGCGGAGUGGUGUGCAGCGCCUAGCCCUCGAAAAUGAAGAGCGCUUUCGACGGGCCAUCGAAGCGCAUCGGAAGUUAUUUAGGAUGCCCGAGAUUAGAACGGGGAAGGUUACGCUGUUUAUGCUCUACCCUAAAUAG